UCUGAAAUCUGGGCGAUUACUUCUUUUUCAAAUUCAAAUCUAUACCUUAGAUGCACGUAUAGAUGCAAAACCUUCCGUCUAUUUAUAAUGGACGUGACUACCUUGAAGCUAACAUUGCUAUCCAAGGCAACGGCACCACAAUGGAUUUCACUUACUAUAAUGAUUCUGUUCGCGUACGCCGUAGUGCGCUGCGUCUAUCUCCUUUACUUUCACCCAGCUUCCAAAUUUCCAGGUCCUAAACUAGCGGCCAUCUCGAACUUCUAUUACGCAUAUAGUUGGUUGCGGGGAAGAUACCCAUGGGUGGUAGAGCAACUGGCAAAAGAAUAUGGUGAUAUAGUUCGCAUUGCUCCUAACGAGAUCGUAUUUUCAACUCCACAGGCGGCAAUCGAUAUCUAUAAUCCAGCAGUAAAGAGACAUGAGCUUUGGGUAAAGACAGACCUGAUGGACUUCGGUACGGGAGAUUUAGGAUUCACAUGGGAAAUUGAUCCCGCCAAGCGCCGCGAAGUAGCAAAAAAGGUCUUACCGGCGUUUAGUACCAAAGCUAUCAAGGCUAAGGAGCCUACUGUGCAGAUGUACAUCGACUCAUUCGUUGAGAAGAUGAAGGAGCUAGGUAGCGCACCAGAGGGGGUCAGCCUCAAUGACUGGCUCAACUGGCUUGCUAUGGAUAUGUCGGCAGAUCUAGCAUACAGUCGCAAGAUGCAUCAUAUGAGAGAUGCGAAGAACACUGAUUUUCUCGAAACACUUCUGGGCACCAAUUUUUACGGAACAGUCAUGCAAGUCUCUAAAAGGUUUCCGCUUCUCAGUCCGCUUUCGUUCCUCUUCGCUCCACCUAAGAUCAUCCGAUUAGUACCGAAGUUUUUCAAAAUGAACAGCCAAGAGGUUCAGAGGCGGAUAGAUAACAGAGGGAAAACCACCCAUCCGGACUUCGUCGACUAUAUGCUCCCAACUAAUGCUCCCGCACCUACGAAAAAGAAGGAGAAGGUUCACCUAGAACAAGUUUCGAUGCAGUUACUCAUCGCCGGCUUUGACCCGAUCCAGAUCACGUUCUUCAGUUCUCUUUUCUUUCUAUUGAAGAACCAAGAUGCCUACAAAACACUCGUGGAAGAAAUUAGGAACACCUUUCGGAAUUACACUAAGAUUACUCCCGAUAAUCUGGCUAGUCUGAAGUAUCUGAAUGCUGUAAUUCACGAAACGCUCCGCACCCAUGUCACCGCCAUUACUGGAUUGCCGCGGAAGAGUCCAGGCGCUAUGGUUGCCGGCACCUAUGUUCCUAGAGGGGUGGUAUGCCAGACCAGUAACUUCAAUAUUUGUCGCAACCCCCGAUAUUUCUAUGAACCGCUUAACUUCCACCCGGAACGUUGGCUUCAGUCAGACCAUCCCAAGUACGAUAAGAGAUUUUCCAAUGACGACCUUAAUUGCUUUUACCCCUUUUCUAUAGGCCCUAGAGCUUGCACUGGAAGAGAAAUUGCCUGGAGCCAGACCAGAUUGUUCCUUGCUAAGGUGCUAUGGACCUUCGACUUGGAAAUGGUCCGCGGACAUGACAAAACAUUCGAUAAGGACUUUUUGAUUCAUGUUAUGUGGACUAGGCCGGAGGUGCGUGUGAGAUUCUUGCAACGAUGAACUACAAGUUGAAGUGAGGGUGUGGAACGGAUUCUAUAAGACACAUUCUAUACAUGAUAGUUAUCUUAAAAUGC